AAUCAUUGGUGGGUUGGGUAUUAGAAACAAAAACAAAACAAAGUGCGAUUAGUAUGCUAAAACAGAGCCAAGGGAAAAAAGUGUAAAUGUAAUUGAUACUAUUUAUGAUAAGAAUAGACAACUAAUUUAUUGUUUUAUCAAAACUUUCAGUUAUUUGUCUAUUUUAAUGUUCGUGUUCGUCAGUUUGGAAUUUUCAUUAAGUAAAAUUUUCUGAUUUUUUUGUUUUGUUUGAAUAGUCAAUGAAUUAAAUUAACUUCACAGUCCGAGAUUCAGUCCAAAUCUGAUUGAAUUUUCAUCAGCAAGUGGCAAGAGAUUGUCUUCGUAGAGAGAAAUGAUUUGAUAUUUUUGGACGCUUUACGGAGUUGAUGUUCUACAGAUUUUAUUUUAUUUGACAUGUUGGCUGGAUCAACAACAUAAACGACAACAUUUUAUGAUUGGAUGGCAUUUACAUUAUCGCGUUAAGUCUUGGGGAUUUUGGUUCUUUAGUGUCUUUUAAAGCACUCACUUCAAUAUUAACAAUGGAUAACAAUAUGCCUGAAUCAGCAUUUUCGACGUCUUCACGUAACGUGAAAUACAUAGUUUCACUGGCCGUUUAUUACAGUAAUUUCGUUUUGGGAGUUUGCAUAACAUUUCUUAGUCCACUGGUUCUGGAACUUACGAACAUCUUUGAUUCAACAGUGGAUCAAGUGUCCGAGGUUUUUACAAUUAUUUUGUUUUGCUAUCUCGCAAGUGCAUUGGUCUGUACACUAAUAUUCAAAUGUGUUAACCGGCAGUUAGUUGUCCUGCUGCUGCUUUCACUGAUUACUUCAUCAUUCUUUUUGAUACCAUCAGCCACCAAUUUGACCGAAUUUUUUGUGUAUAGCAGUUUAAUAGGUCUGGGUGGCGGUGGUUAUGAUACCGCCCAAGUGGCCUGGAUUAUUGAUAUAUGGAGAGAUGAAUCGCCACCGUGGAUCUUGACUCAACAUUUUGCCUACUCACUGGGAACGUUAGCACCGCCCAUAAUUCUGGCCAACUUCUUAACGAACGGCAAUUCAACUGACAAAUUAGAACCUACGACCGCACGUGAUAUUCGCACUCCGUUUUACAUCGCUGGAUCUUUGGCCAUAACUGCGGUGGUCAUAAACGCAAUCAUUUAUCUUACAUUCAGAAAGAGAACACCAGUGGUGGUCGUUACGAGCAACAUUCAAGAACCAAUAAUUGUUGACACAUCUUGGGAACGUGAAAGCAUUGACAGCAGAUCGAGUUCGUCUGGCGUAUCCGUAACAACGGCCCUAAUAUCUCGGAAUCGUGACUCGUCAAAACGGCGGAUUUACAUUAUCGGACUAUGUUGUGGUGUGAUUGGAUUCUAUUCGGCACUAGAACUAUGUACGCAACAGUUUUUACCCACCUACACUCAUUUCUCUCCCAUGAAACUAUCACCGACUGAAGCAGCAAAAGUGUUAUUCGGUCUUCAGCUCGGAUUCACUAUUGGUCGGCUAUUCGGAAUUUUGCUCAUUCUGAAAAUCCAGCCUCAUUUCAUAUUCGCUGCCAAUUUGAUUUUACUAGCCAUUUCCAAUACAAUUUUAUACAUUUGGGGUGGAUCGUCAAUGACAAUGUUAUGGGUGGGAAGUGUUAUGAUCGGCGUCGGAAUGUCCACAGUAUAUCCAUCACUGUAUGCUUACAUUGAAAAGUAUUUAUUCAUAACAGAGUCUGUAUCAGGAGUCAUAACAGUAGCUGGAAGUUGUAUGUCAGCUAUAUAUCCACUAAUUGUAGGGAAUUCUAUUGAAACAAAUCCGGAAAUUUUGAUGUAUGUUAAUUAUGCGAGUAUUUGUGUCUCGUCUGUUGCAUUUUCGUUACUAUUUUCUAUGACUUAUGUACGAACGAGGAUGGGAUAUACAAGAAUAUAGAGAAUAAAUUUCACGAAAAUGAAUCCGUCUCUAUCUACACCUAAUGCAAUUAAUGUGAUAUUAUCAAAUUUUCAAGAGAAUAAAAUUAUUUUUAUGGUGCUGC